AAUAACAAAUUUCUAUUUCUCUCUCUUAAAUGCAAAAGUCUGCUAAUCAUUUUCUCUUCCGAUUCCGGCGACGAUUACCGGGGAAUGUUUUCCGAUGACGGUCUGAUUUCUUUAAAGAGUUACUCUUGAUUUAUUGCAUAAGGAAACCAGUUUUCUUAAAACUGAAACUCGGCAUGCAGAUAAGUUCAUGCUUCUGCAAGUCAUUAUCUAAGUGAAGAAUUAUCCUUUCUCUGAAGUGCAGUAUGAUUGCACCAACUGCAAGGCAUGAGAGCUGAUUGCUUUGAAUUACCAAAAUCUUUAUAAAGAGCUGAAAAGCAGACCAUAUUCCAGCUGGUUUCCUUGUUGUGCACAAGAUGGCGUGUGAUGAAAUUCUGAAGGCUGUAUUCCCAUUUCUGGAGGGCACUGAACUGGCUACAUGUAUGUUAGUGUGCAAACAGUGGCGAGAUAUUGCACGAGAUGAUUACUUCUGGAAAUGUCUUUGUUCUAAAAAAUGGCCAUCUAUUUGCAAACGGUCAUCACCUCCCACUGUAACAUACUAUAAUCUAUUUCAGAACUUUCAUAGGCGUCCAUACCGCCGGACUGUUCUCCCUCCAAAGCUUUCCUUCAGUGACUUAGAGUUCUACAUUGACAUAUGGACUGAAGAGAAAAUAAUAUUUUCAGAUGUGGUCCCAGGGCCUGUUCUUCAGAAGGGAAUCUGGAUCCCACCUCCUGGAAUCUGUGAUGUGCUUAAGUUCCACUUGGAAGGGCCUGAAUACAAGAUGACUUUACCUGUGGAACCAAGAUUUACAAUUCCUUUGUGCCAGACAGUCAGCGUCUCUGUGCUUGUUGGGCGCAAAGAUACAAAUAAAGUUGCAUGCAUUAUCAAGAAGUCCCUUUUUGAUUAUAUAGAUCGAACAGCAUAUCGGGCUUUAGCUUAUGACUAUCUUGACUUCUCCUCUCCUAUGUGCUUGUUUGUAUCGGGUGUUCGGGCAUGGAUAUCUUUGCUGUUCAUGGACCAUGGUAAUGAGGGGGCCCUUGAUGUUUUUGGGAUUGAGAUGGAUUUCUGUGAUGCUGCCAAUUCUGAAGACGAGGUCCUUUGGCUUCUAGACAUGCUGGAGUGGAAGUAAGUUCAGUGACUUCCAGAUAUCUGUCAGGUGGCCAGUUGCCUAAGUUGUAGUAUGUCCACUUUGGCUAAAACUUGUACAUAGUUAUGCCGCUAGAGUGGACGACCAUUUAAGUUGUGCACUAUGCCGAAUUCCAACUCAAAAGUUAUUUUUCUGAAGUACUGUUGUAGUUGUCGUUGGAAAGAAUAUUCACAAUAAGAUACUCGUAUAUCAUUUCAUGUAUUAAUUAUCUAUGACUUAUGCUGCAAAACCUGUUCCAUCUUUUUCACUCUU